AAUGCAGUUAUUUUCACAGAUAUUCCAUCAUGUAGCAGUAAAUACAAACUGAACCGUAUCAGUGACCACAGAGUUAUUCUGUCCUGAUAGUGGUACAUGGCUGCUAUAUUCAAGCAAGUGCUGGGAGUUGGUGAUGUUGGCCUACAUUGAAAAAUAUCUGGCACAUUCUCAAUUAGAGAUCCUGCAAAUCACUGUAGAUCAAUUUAAAAUCUUUUGCCUCUUUUUCUUCGUAAAUUAAUUUACAGAAACAUGGAACCAAACAACAGAACAACAUAUACGGUAACAGAAUUCUUCAUCACAGGAUUGGAUGAAGUACAACACCCAAAGCUGGUGGGAGCAGCCAUUUUGUUCGUCCUCUUUCUCAUUCUGAUCGGAAGCAUCACCAACAUUUGUGUCAUAGCAUUCAACAAGCCUCUACAUACCCCCAUGUACUUUUUUAUUUGCACACUGGCAAUGAUAGACGUAGUCUACACCAGCAGCAUUAGUGUUACAAUGCUUAACGUUCUCCUUGGUGAGGAGAGAAGAGUCCCCUAUGCACCCUGCAUGAUACAGUGCUUCCUAUUUCAUUUAGGAAGCGCUAUGGAACCCUUCACUAUUGCCCUGAUGGCUUAUGAUCGCCUUAUUGCAAUUUCAUAUCCUCUUCGAUAUCAGACUAUCUUAACUAAUACAAAUGUAUGUUUACUUAUAACAUCCACUUGGGCAGUAGGCUGCAUAUUUUCUAUUUUGUGGAUUGGCUUGGUGAACAAUCUGCCCUUUUGUGGCUCAAAUAAACUCCCAUACAGCUUUUGUGAAUAUGCAGCCUUAGUAAGAGCAGCAUGUGUUAGUUAG